AUGGCCUAUUGGUCAUUGAAUCCAGUAUGGCUAUUGGUCAUUGAAUCCGGUAUGGCCUAUUGGUCAUUGGAUCCAGUAUGGCCUAUUGGUUAUUGGAUCCAGUAUGGCUUAUUGGUUAUUGGAUCCAGUAUGGCCUAUUGGUUAUUGGAUCCAGUAUGGCCUAUUGGUUAUUGGAUCCAGUAUGGCCUAUUGGUCAUUGAAUCCAUUGUGACUGUAUCAUUCAUGAUGACACCAUUCUUCAAUAAAGCUUUAGUAGCUGGUGGAGUAGCCAGUAUAUCCUCUCUCUUUAUGUCACUAUUGUAUUUACCCUUUGCUUUGACAUCUGCUCUGCCUGUACAGUUACAAGUUGUAUUGAGUUUUUUAUCUCCUUUCACCAUGGCUAUGGCAAUUGAUAAGGUUACUAAACUGGAGAGUGUUGAUAAUGGUGUCCAGUUUGAUAAUAUUUGGAGUGCCCGAGAAGGAGAGCUAUCAUUUGCAUAUGCAUUGAUAAUAUUAUCAGUGGAUAUAGUAUUGUAUCUAGUACUUGCUGUUUAUUUUGACAAUGUCAUACCAGGAGAGUAUGGGCAAAGAAAACCAAUCUUCUUUUGUUUUAUGCCAUCAUACUGGAAAAGAAGAGAAACUCGAGUUGACACUGAAUGUACCAGCUUCUUGACAGCUUCUGUCAAUAGUAUCCAUGCAGAAAUUGAGCCUGUUUCUGCUGGCUUACAAUCCAAAGUAGGAAUAAGAAUUUCAAAUUUAGUGAAAGUUUUCAAAAGUGGUGACAAGGGAAAAGACGUACAUGCUAUUGAUGGUAUAUCACUUGAUAUCUAUGAAGGGGAGAUCACAUGUCUAUUAGGACACAAUGGAGCUGGUAAAACUACACUGAUCAAUGCAUUGAAUGGCAUGGUACCACCAACAUCUGGAGGUGCAUCUAUCUAUGGACUUGAUGUCACAAAUGCUAAUGACAUGACCCACAUAAGGUCAAUAACUGGUAUUUGUCUACAACAAAAUGUUAUAUUAGAUGCACUCACUGCCAGUGAACAUUUGAGAGUUUUUGCUGGUCUCAAAGGUAUUCCACCAGAGAAAAUAGAACAAGAGGUGGAAAAGAUUCUUAAGGAUUGUGACUUAAGCAAAUGUAGUGAUAAACAUGCUAAGAGCUUGAGUGGUGGUCAGAAGAGAAAACUAUGUGUUGGAAUGGCAUUGAUUGGUGAUCCCAAGAUUUUAUUUUUAGAUGAACCAUCCAGUGGAAUGGAUCCUUAUUCAAGACGUCAUUUAUGGAGUUUAUUAAAAAAUAACAGAGAAGGCAGAGUGAUUGUUCUUACAACACAUUUUAUGGAUGAAGCUGAUAUUCUGGCUGAUCGUAAGGCCAUCAUCUCAAAAGGAAAACUUAGAUGCUAUGGUACAUCAUUAUUCUUGAAAAGUAAAUUUGGUAUCGGAUAUCAUCUUGGAAUGUACAUUGGAGAAGACUGUGAUCCUGAGAAAGUGACAGCUUAUGUACAGUCAUACAUACCUAAUGCUGAGCUUGGUAGAUUAUAUGGAAUGGAGCUUACUUAUACGUUACCAUUGCAUGAUGUGGGUCUAUUUGCUAAAUUGUUCACUGCCUUGGAUACAGUGAAUGAAGAAACAGGUUUGUCUGUUUCUCAUUCCAUGGGUAUUAAUAGUUAUGGUAUUGCUAUGACAACACUGGAAGAAGUCUUCCUGAAGCUUGGUGAUGAAGCAGAAAGUGAUGAAUCCAUGCAGGCUGCUGCUGCCCCUCUUGCUGAUUAUGGUAGUUUAACACAAAAAGCGAAUGAAGAUGGUAGCUAUGACAACAAAGCAGUCUCUCGAGAUUUGUCUAUUUCUAUGACAGUCAAUGGCCAAGACAGUAUUGAUGCCGUAGAUUUCAAACCAGCUCCACUACAGGCAAGUCAAGUCACAACAAGAACCUUGAAAGCGGGAAGACACCAAUUCACAGCUCUCAUGCAUGUCAGAAUCAAACUAACAAUAAGAAAUGCCCGAACUUAUAUUCUUCGAAUUCUAUUUCCUAUUCUGUUCAUGAUUGGAGGUAUUGCAUUGGUACAAUUCAUCAACAUAACCACUGAUGACAGAACAGAUCCCGCCCCACUGGUCGUUCAACCAAGUCUAUAUCUACGUGCUCCACAAGAAGGUCCCAGUCACAAGACAGAACUUCUCUACAACAAUGAUACAGGAAAUGAUCUCACAUCUUUGUCAUCACAGUUUGAUAGAUUGAAUAUUGAACAUCGGUUAGAUAAUCUUACAGAUCUAUUGUUCCAGACUGAAAAGCACAAUUUAGCAGCAAACAUUCACCAAUGGGAUGAGAUUAAUCAGGACGUAAUUUCCAAAUACACUGCAAUGUACAACGACUCAGCGGUGCAUUCCAUACCAACCAUCCUUAACACAAUGACCAAUGUAUUGUAUGGUAUUGUAAGUAGUAACGAUGAUGUCUUCAUCACAACCUAUAAGCCAUUUCCAGAAGAUGAUAAGGCCCUUGGGUUUAAUAUGGGAAUGUUCUUUGCAUUGUUUUUUGGAUUUGCAUUGAUUACUAUACCAAAUGGUUUUGCUGUUGAUAUUGUCAAAGACAGACAGUUUAAAACCAAAUCACAACUGAGAGUAUCUGGUGUCAGGAUGCAAAAAUACUGGUUGGUUUAUCUGAUGGUGGGAUUAGUACAGUACAGCAUUCCUGCAAUUACUGGUGUCAUUUUAGUAGUUAUAUUUCGAGUGGAUAAUUUCCUGAUUCCUGGAGCCAUGUUGUGUAUGAUUAUAUUACUCAUCCUGUAUCUUCCAAUCGCCACCAUUUUCCAGUUUUGUACAUCCUUCAUGUUUGACAAGUAUGACACCGCUCAGUCUGCUCUACCAUGGUUAUCUUACUUUGUUCCUUUUGUAUUUCUUGGACCAGUCAUAGCACUUGAUCUAUUAGGAAAUUACGAAAUAGCUGCAUUGAUGUCUUGUAUUUUUGUUCUAUUAUGUCCUGUUUAUGCUAUAUUUGCUGGACUUUACUACAUUGACAGGGUAUAUGAAGUGGCAUUGGUAUUUCAUGGAGUUGAUAAUCUAGAUGUUGGAGAUUAUUUUAAGUUUGAUAGUUAUAUCACCCCUACUUUCUUAAAAGGGAAUAGUGCUCCCAAAAUGACAUUUAAUCCUGAUGUUUUCACAGAUGAAGAGGAUGAUGUUAAAAGUGAAAGAGAUAAAGUUAAUGAAUUAAGUUCUAUAAGAAAUAUCAGUGAUAUAGAAGCUGUGCCUGUUAUCUCAAUCAAAAAUUUGAGAAAAACUUUUGAAGAAUCUAAAUCUGAAGGCUGCUGUCAAAGGAAAAAACAAGAAAAUGAAAAACAGUCUAAAGUGGCUGUUAGAAACCUUUCUCUUGCUAUCCAUAAAAGUGAGAUAUUUGGAUUACUUGGACCAAAUGGGGCUGGGAAGACAACAACAAUGAAUAUGAUUAUUGCAGACAUCGCACCAGAUUGUGGCAGUGUAUAUGUCAUUGGUCAGGAAAUAGACUCUCCCAUAUCAGAAGCUUUCCUAUUAAUGGGAUACUGUCCUCAGAUGGACCCACUGUGGGAAGAGUUAACAACAAGAGAACAUUUAGAAACAUAUGCAGCUAUCAAAGGUGUACACAAACAUGACCUGAAACAAACAGCUCAUUAUUUCUUGGAUGCCUUAAAGAUUCAAGAACAUGCUGACAAAAAAACGAAAGCCCUAUCUGGAGGAACAAAACGAAAGCUAUGUUUUGCAAUGAGUAUGCUGGGAGAACCCCAAGUUGUUCUCAUGGAUGAACCUUCUACUGGAAUGGAUCCUGCAGCAAAAAGAUUCUUGUGGUAUGUACUGAAUUAG